AUGAGGGUUAAGUUCGUUAAGAAGAUACUGACUAGAAAGUUUGGAACCGUCGCGAAGCCGGCUAAAGUUUUACCCGUCGGCGUCGAGGACUUUUUAAGGCUGGCCACGUUUUACUUUAACUCCAUGGGUGUCGAUCCCUACGAAUCGGAAAGGAAACCCAGCAUCGGAUUUCAGUUGUACCUUGUGUUUCACACAAUCAACUUGUUCUUUGUGUGGUUUUCAAUGAUGGUGUUUGUUGUUGAAUCCAUAGGACCCAAUGCGGAUUUUAUCAAGCUUUCCACGGUGGUGGGCUAUAUCACUUUCGGCAAUGUCGGCGUCCUGAAAAUAAUAUUUGUUCAUUUGCAAAAGGGAAAGCUGAGCAGCCUGGUGCGGCAUAUGAAGUUGCUAUUUCCACCGCCCAUCGAAAAGGAGCGUGAACAGUAUGCUCUGCGACAUUAUCUAAAGUUUUGCAACCAGAUCUCAAGGGGUUUUGCGUCCCUUCUGAUGGCUACGGUUACUAUCAACAGCAUGUCCUCACUGGUGCACUACAUAAUCCAAAGUUGGUGGCUUAAGACGCCGAAUGCCGAGUUAACCUUGCCCUAUGUACCAUGGGCCCCUUGGAAUUGGCGCGGAACCUGGAGAUUCUGGCCGACUUAUUUGCUUCAGUCCAUUGGAAAUUACACUUGCACCUGCGGCUAUAUAUCCGCCGAUCUUAUGAUGUUCGCUGCCGUCAUCCAGGUUGUCAUGCAUUUCGAUCGAUUGGCCAGGACUCUCAGGGAAUUCGAUGUUCUAAAGCGGAACCAUAGCAAUUGGAAGGAGUUGAGAUCUCUGAUCGCUUACCACAAUCAAGUACUGGAGUAG